AUUAUUAAAAAAUUCUUAAUUGUUACUUCACAUCUUAAAAGUCUGUACAAUUGGAGCCAAUUAAGUACAUUUAGGACUUUUAAGGUUCAGAUUUUCCUCCAAAAACAACUCAAUAACAUUUAAAAUAUGGCAGAAGAUAUAGGUAAUGAAAUUAUAAAUAAUUCGACGAAUGAUUCUUCAAAAUUUCUGGCUCUCAAGAUUAAAACUAGUAUUUUAAAACAAGAAAACAUUGACGAACAACAAAAUAUUUUAGAAAAGAUCAGUAAGCUGGGAUUUGCUGAAAGAUUUAAAAAUUUAGGAAAGAAAAUUCACGAGGAGACUUUUAACGUGUUAAAGGAAGAAUGCCAGAAAUUGAUAGCAGAGAUGAUAACAAAUGAAUUACAAGAUCCCGAAGAAUUUAAGAAGAAAGCGAUUCAAGAUGCUUUGAAAAAGUCUGCUGUCGAAUUGAAAAAGUAUCUCCAAGAAUUGCAAAAUAAACACGAAAUGAAUCAGCAGAAAAAAAUAGCUAAACUUGAGGAUAAAUUAAAAGAAGAAUUUCAACCUAAAUUAGAAAGUGAAAGAAUUCGAGGUGAAAAAUGUUUAUCUAAAGCCUUAGAAGAAGCUCAAGAACACUUUCGAGAUCAUUUAAAAACAGCCAUUCAACAAGCCCAAGAAAAAGAAAGGAAGAUAGGCGAAGAGAAUAUCAGAAAAAUGAAAAGAGAGUUCGAAGAUAGAUUAGAUGCGAUAAAUCACAAUUCUUACAACGAUAAACAAAAAUCUUUAAAUAAGCUUCAGAAUGUAUUGCAGAAAGAUAUAGACGAAACCGUCAAACAAGUCAAAAUGGAAGAAGAGAACAACACGAAAUCAGAAGUAAAAAAUCGAAGAGAAGAAUACGAAAAAUAUAUUAAAAUGGAGGAGAUGAAAGCCGACAAAGUCAAUAAACAUAUACAGCAAUUGGCACAACAAUUAAAGCAGACAAUUCACAUGAAGUCAUUAAUAGAUUCUGAGAUAAUGAAAGUCAGACAAUCGUUAUCUCAGUUUAUUAAACUGGCUAAUAGAACAGAAACGGAUCCCGUUUACAAAGCUAAAGUUGGAGAAAUCUUGAGAUCUGCAAACAUGCAAUACGUCUAAUUCGUUGUUUUUUUCUUUCUUUAAAUAAAUUCUGAAUGCCGUUAAAUCACAAUAAAGAAAUUUAAUUUUAA